GUCACGAUUUCUGAACGAGUAUCUUGCUGUUUGCUGUUGGCCCGGUCCGGACGGAUUGCUUGGGCUGCCUAUUUUCGUUUUAUCUCGGCUUUUUAAUUAUUAUCAUAAAUGACUAUUACUAUUUGACACUUUAAUAUCGGUAAUUCGGAGGAGAUACUCAUCGUUCAGUCAGGAUUUCGAUUUUUAGGUGCAUGCGGCAGAUCCCAUGGAGCUGCAGGCAUUGCUAGUGCUAUGUGGUGUGGGGGUGGUGGUAGUGGCUGUGCUGCUGCUCAUGGGGCUGUUCUCGGCCUCGGGCACCAGCUACGAGGAGGCCAUUGCUCAGCAGCGCCGGGCUACCACUGAGCUUCUGGCUCUGGCUGAAAACAAAAACAAACCCAAGAAAAGCAACAAGAAAGCCAUUAAAAAGCUAGCACGGAAGGAGAAGAAUAAGGAAAAUGCAGUGACUACUGGCAGUGAGGUGGAGAGUGAGGCUCCAGCCGAGAGUGGUGUGGAUGAAGACACUGUGCCUCCGGCUAAGCCUCAUGUUGAGUUCUGUCCCCCUGUUGUUGUAGAUGUUCUUAGGGAUACUCCACCCAAUGUAAAGAUUCGCAAACGCGGCAAGGAUCCUAAAGUAAAGCCGAUACUGAUAAACAAAGAGGAUCCAAGCUGCAUUAGUGAUCCGAGCACGCCGCCCUCCCCUACCGGCUCUGUCUCCAACCACUUUGAGGAGAUCCAUCCCAAGGAUGAGUUUGAACUAUUGCAAUCCUCUCUCGCUGCCGAAAAAACUCCCGAGAAAAAAGAAGAAGUGUUUGAGAAGAAGGAGAAGCCCGCGAAGGCAGCGAAGGCCGGUAAAGGCAAGCAGCCGGCGCCCGAGCCCGUCAAGGAGGAGCGCGAGCGCCACAACAGUGGCGAGGCGCCCAAGGAACAACGCAAGGGUAAAAAGGUGGACAAAAAACAAGCCGAAGAUGAGGCUCGAGUGGAGGUGGUCCCCCCGCUGAACGUGCCGCAGCCCAGCGAGCUCACCACCGACAAGCUACUCAAGCAGGCGCUAGCCGCCGCGCCCGCGCCCGCGCCCGCGCCUGUCCCCGCUUCCGCCUCCGCGCCCGCGCCCGCCUCUGCGCCCGUUCCCACCGGCAAGAACAAGAAGAAGAAGCCCGAACCUAAUGUGCUUUCGCUUAUGGCCGGUGACGGCGGCGGCGUCAACGUUGGCGAGCUCGUCCGCGUAGUGCGCGACGCGGCGCUCUCCCGCACCGAGAUACAGAUCCUCACCGACGCGCUGCUCAACAAGCACCACGACCCGCUGCCGCAGCACUCCGAGUGGACCGAGGGACCUAACGACCCGAUGCAGAAGCUGAAGAAGCAACUCGCCGACAAGGAGAAAGCUCUGGCCGACGAACUCGAGGCUUCCCAAGCACUGCACGCUAAACUGAAAGAAUUGAGGGCCACACUGAACGCGGAGCGCGGGCGCGCGGCGGCGGCGACGCGCGCGCACGAGCAGGCGGCCGAGGCCGCGCGCGCAGAGAUACACACGCACCAGACGCGCGUCAAGCGCCUCGCCGACGACAACCACCAGCUGCAGCAGGAGAACAGGCUCCUUCAAUCUAAACUCGCCGCGGAGGGUGAAUUCCAACAACAGAGAGCACAGAUGGAGAUGCACAUACAGCAACUUUCUGAGGCCGAGGCGACGCUGGUGGCGCAGCUGCAGGGGCUGCAGACGGAGCUGGCGGCGCGCGCGCUCGAGGUGGCUGGUGCCCGUUGUGAUGCAGGCGCAGCCAGAGACGCCGCCAUCAUGGCGCAGCAGCACGCCGCCGAGCUCGCCCAGCAGCUGGAGCAGCUCUCCCACGACCACACCCGCCUGGAGCAGCUCUCCCACGACCACACCCGCGCCAUGCAGGAGCGACAAGCCGAUCUCCAGAACAACGUGCAAAGGCUCAUGAGUCGCGCUCAGUUCGCCGAGGGCAACCUGGACAAGCAGAAGGAGGAGGCAGACGCACAAAUCAAACAGUUGUCUAGCGAAGUGGCGUCGCUGCGAGAGCAGCUGGCGGCGCGCGAGGCCGAGCUGGCCGAGGCGCGCCAGCCCAGGCCCGCGCACAACGGCCUGCCCGGCGACCAGCACAAGUCUGCGGAGCUGGCGAAGGUGGAGAGCGUCGUGGAGUCUCUGCGCAGCUCGCUGAGCGCGGAGCAGCGCGCCAACAAGGAGCAGAAGGAGGCGCUCACGCGGCUGCAGGAACAGCUGCGCACCUACCAGGAGAAGAACAAUGAGUUGCGAACUAAAAACUGGAAAGUAAUGGAGGCUUUACAAACUGCCGAAAAGGCUCUCCAGGCGAAGUCGGCCAGCGCGUUGCCGGCCCAAGACCCUCGCGAGGCGGCGGCGGCCUACGCGGAGGCGGCGGCGGCGCUGCGCGGCGCGCUGCCCGGCGCGGCGCCGCGCGGGCCCGAGGGCCGGGCCUGGCUGCUGCACUUCGCCGAUAACCUUAAGAAGGAGCUGCAGAAGGCGGCGUCCGCUCCCGCUCCGGCGCCCGCGCCCGCGCCCGCCUCGGACGCGCGCGUGACGGAGCUCAAAGCGCAAAAUGAACAAUUGCAAGGGCUCGUAGACAAAUACAAGAAGAUCAUUGAUGACACGGAGGGCGUGCUAAGCCAGCUGCAGGCCAACGUGACGCGAGAGGAAACGCGCUGGGCGCGUCAGCUCGCUGACAAGCAGCACGAGCUGGACUCGCUGCGGCAGCACACGCUCACACAGGAGCCAUUGGCGUUCGCAUAUUCCUGCAUUGAGAAAACAUUGCCAAGCAUCAUAGAGGAGGUACCAACCUUGGUGUACGCUCUGUGAACGUCCGUGCCGCCUCGCACACAAUAAUUGUUAUUUGUAUUGUUUAUUUAUUUACUGGCCUAUCCGAAAAUAUUUCGC